CUCUUCAAAAAACAAGUUUUUUUUCUUAUAUGUAAUUUUCUUUUGUGGCUUUGUAUAUAUCUCCUUGGUGGAGGAAGGCUCGUCAGUUGUGACAGGCUCCAAUUUUUUUGUUUAGUUUCUUCCACUCCCCUCUACACUUUCUUCAGAACUUCCUUGGGAGAAAAAGCAUUUACAUUUUUGUUCUCUUCUUUUCAGUCUGUUUGGGGCAAUGGAGAGACACAAGUGUAAAUUGUGCCUGAAAAGUUUUGCAAAUGGAAGAGCUUUAGGAGGGCACAUGAGGUCUCACAUGUUGAAUCUUCCAGUUCCUCCAAAGUUACCAGAAGAAUCACCGGUUCAACUCAGUGAAGAGACUGAGUCAGCACCGUCGUCGUCUUCGUCGGAGGAAGAAGAGGAUAAGGAGCAGUUUUAUGGGUUAAGAGAGAACCCAAAAAGAAGUUUUCGAUUGGUAGAUCCUGAGUUCUCUUUUGCUGUUGAUACUGGGUCAGUUGUUCUCCAGGAUAGAGAAAGUGAGACUGAGUCAUCCAAGAACCCAACUCGGAGGCGAUCUAAGCGGACUCGGAAACUAGAGCAUGGAUAUCAUCACCACCAGCAACAGAGCCAAGAACAGGACAACACAAAAGAGUUCAAAUUUAACCAACUCAGUAAGACCGAGUCAUGGGCGGAGCCGGAGCCGGUAAGUUCAAUCUCUGAUACUACCAACGAGGAAGAUGUCGCUUUCUGUCUCAUGAUGCUUUCUAGAGAUAAAUGGAAGAAAAAGGAACAACAACAGGAACAUCCAGAAGAAAAGACAGAAGAGGAACAAGAAGAGGAAACAGAUGAGUCACAUGAUGCCAAAAUAUACAAGAAUCAUACUCGAGGCAAAUACAAAUGUGAAACAUGCAACAGAGUGUUCAAAUCAUAUCAAGCACUAGGUGGGCACAGAGCAAGCCACAAGAAGAUAAAAGUUAAUUCCUUGCCAGCACAUGACCCCGAGCUGGGAUCAGAAAAUGUAGAUACUUCUUCAAUGGCAGAUAAGAAAAUCCAUGAAUGUCCUGUCUGUUUCAGAGUUUUCUCAUCUGGGCAAGCGCUGGGUGGACAUAAAAGAUCUCACAUAACUGGUCUAGUAGCAGCUCCUGCUAAAAGUAGUACUACUUCCACAACGUUUGGAGAAAAAGGGUUCAUAGAUCUCAACCUUCCUGCUCCAAUUGAGGACGAUGAUUACAGCCAAAUUGAGCUCUCCGCCGUGUCUGAUGCUGAAUUCGUGAACCAAUUAAGAAGAUAAAACACUUCUCUGAUCCAAAGGUAAAAAAAAAAAAGCUUUGGUUACUUCUCCCUGUUUUGGAUCUAAGUUUUGGUUAAUUUCUAACUAUACUUCUUUCCUUUCAAGAAUUACCUUGUGUUCUGUUCUGUUCUGUUCUGUUCUGUAACAAUUGACCGUAAAGAACAGGAAAUUGUUAGUUUCUUUUUUUAAACAUUAUUCAGUACUGUUAGAUUAAA